AUGAUUUUCUCGAUUUUUUUCUUCUUGACAAUUUCUUCAUCAAUUCAACAAGUCGAUGAUGCAAAUCAAGUUGCCAAAUAUUUUCUCGACACUUUUGAGAAAAUCGUCAAAACUAAUGAUAGCGAUUUGUUGAGUUCAAUUUUGGUUGACGGAUUCGAAAUAACUUGUGAGAAUAUUCUGAUGAAAACUACUGUAAAUAUCACCCAAACUAUUAUUCAACUCGAAAAUAACCAAUCAAUUGCUCUCAAAAAUGCGGUGAUUGACAAUGAGAAUGGAGUUGUGAAUUUCGUCGUCAAACUUCAUAGUGGAAUUGAAUUCGACAUCGAGUUUUUGGGCAAGAAAUUCGGGAAUUCUUGGAAUUUGACGAAAUCUCGUUUUGGUGAAGAGAAUUGUGAGGAGAAACAUAACAUUUUUAUAAAAUUUGUUAGAUCUGAAUGGUUGGAAGAAUAA